AUGGCCCAAGAACUCAAAGCAAAGGGCAACGAGCUCUUCAAAGCCGGAGACUACAGUGGCGCUGAAGAUUUCUUCUCCCAAGCAAUCCAAAAGAACCCGCGCGAUGCAACCUUCUUCACAAACCGCGCGAUAACAAGAAUCAAACUCGCCAAAUGGGCCGACGUCGAACAUGACGCCCGCGCCGCAAUCGAAAUCUACGGUCUAAAGAACCCCGCCGCCCUAAAGAGCCACUACUACCUCGCCCAGGCCCUCCUAGGCCUACAGCGCCCACAAGAAGCACACGACGUCGCUUCCGACGCGUACCAACAGAGUCUAGCAGUGAAGAAUGCCCAGUCGGAGAACCUGUCGCGGAUAGUUCUGCGCGCGAAGCAGCAGAUCUGGGCUGCGCGCGAGACUGCGCGGGUGCGCGAGCUGAACGAGACGCUGGGAUCUGUGGAGGCGCUUAUUGAGGCUGAUGUGACGCGUGCGCUGGCGGAGUUGCAGGUCCGUUUGGAGCGCGGGGAAAUCGGGGAGAUUGGGUUUGGGGAGGAUCAGAAGGCAUUGCGGGAGGAUGCGGAUGCUAAGGUUAGGAAUUUGAGGGAGGCAUUUCGGGUUGCUUCUAAAGGGGAGGUUCAGGAAAGGGUUGUUCCAGACUAUCUCGUUGAUGGUAUCACCUUUGAGAUCAUGCAUGAUCCUGUUAUUACACCGUCCGGGGUCAGUUUCGAUCGCUUGGGUAUCACCAAGUAUGUUGAGAAGUCUGGGGUCGAUCCUUUGACUCGGGCUCCUAUCAGCGUUCAUGAUCUACGGAACAAUUAUGCUCUCAAGGCAGCUUGUGAGGAAUUCCUCACGAACAAUGGAUGGGCGGUGGACUGGUGA